AGGCUGCGCACCUCGCGCGUCUUAUCAUCCGUUUCCAUUUCCAAGAACUGAUCCUCCACGAGCACUGAGUGAUGAAACGGAAAAGAGCGUAUACCUGUCACUACAGAAAUGAGUGAGUCGUCGUCAGUUCAUUCUGUGAAGCUUCUCUCGUUGGCCCGCUCCCUGUCCGGGAUCGGGCGCGAUGCCGCCAAUGGAGGGGCCAUCGUCCCACCUGACGUCCAGGACCCCCCCCACCCGGAUUCCGGCAUUGAACUAGGCCCUGGGCUGUUUUUCUCUGAUGGCAAGAGGAAAGUUGACUACGUCCUUUGCUACAAAUACAAGAAAAGGCGAUCCUCCAAGCCUCGCCUCUCCAUUGUGUCCAAUGGGAGUGUACCAAUAGUGAUCCCGGGCCAAUGGGAGACGGAGGCAGAGGCGCCUUCAGGAGAUGUGGAGGAGUCGAAGCUGUCCGAGGAGGAGAAGGCUUUUAUGAGGGAGGAGUUUGAGGCGGGGCUGCUGGAUGCUGGACUACAGAUAGAGCGCGAUAAAGAGAGGCCAAAUGGAUUCAUCAGCUUCUGCCGGCUGCACAUCCCGUGGCCGAUACUCAGUCGAGAAGCAGAACUUCAGAAGAUUAAAGUUGCUGUGAAAAAGAAGUGUGAGCUGCGGAAACGGACGGGCAUCGCUGGGAUUUGGGACUCCAUCGUGAACAAAGUCAGCACGCCGUUUCAACCCAACGUCCCAGAGUUCGACGUCCUCAGGGACUCGGAGACGCGCACCCACCUCAAAACCCUCAAGCACCCUUUCAUCCGAGACAAGCUUCACCUGUAUGACAUCCAAGCAACAGAAACAUUAUUUGAUAACAACACGCGCAGCAGAAUAGUGGCUGAGAUUAUUUCCCGCAUUACCUGCAGACAAACUAUCCAAACCACUGGCAUCAACUCGUUAUUGGCUCGGGGGGUCUACGACUCGGCUUUCCCUCUGCAUGAUGGGUCGUUCACAAGGAGAGGACGGAGAGAUCAGCGGAAUGACAGACAGCUCCUGCAUGAAGAAUGGGCUAACUAUGGAGUAAUGCAUAAAUACCAGCCUGUGGACCUGAUCAGGAAAUACUUUGGAGAGCAGAUUGGUUUGUACUUUGCCUGGCUGGGUGUUUAUACUCAGCUCCUCAUCCCUCCCUCUGUCUUGGGCAUCAUUGUCUUCCUGUACGGCAUUUUCACUGUGGACGCCAAUGUACCGAGUCAGGAGACGUGUGACGACAACCUGAACAUCACCAUGUGUCCCCUGUGCGACGGAGUGUGUGACUACUGGCUUCUCAGCACCGUGUGCUCACUGGCCCGGACCUCAUACCUGUUUGACAAUGGAGUCACUGUCCUCUUCGCUAUUUUCAUGUCUCUGUGGGCUGCCUGUUUCCUGGAGCACUGGAAAAGGCGGCAGAUGUGUCUGAAACAUACCUGGGACCUGACCAGCUUGGAGGAUGAGGAGGAGAGAGUCCAGGAGGAGCUGAGGCCUGAAUAUGAAGAAGCUCUGCAGGAGAAAAAGGCGAAGAUGAAAUCACAGUCGAAGAAGAAGAUGAAUCAGGCUGGAGAGGGUGCAGACAGAGAGACUGAGCAGAUGCUGGCCUCUCAGCAAGAGCCUGAGUCUCUGGACAUUGAGGAUCAUCUGUCAGGUUUCUUCAUCAAUGUGUCCACAUUACUGCUACUGAUCUUCGUGACCUUCUCGGCCGUGUUUGGUGUGGCGGUUUACCGCAUCUGCAUGUUGAGCGUGUGGUCCAUGAACCCCGAUCCUGAGGCCAAGGCCAGCGUGAGGAUGACCGUCACGACCACGGGCAUCAUCCUCAACAUGCUGGUCGUUCUGGUCCUGGAGGAGGUCUAUGGAGCAAUCGCUGUGUGGCUCACUGAACUGGAACUCCCGAAGACGAAGGAAGAAUUUGAAGAGCGGCUGAUCUUCAAGUCGUUCUUUCUCAAAUCCAUGAACGCCUUUGCACCUAUUUUCUAUGUGGCCUUCUUCAAGGGCAGGUUUGCUGGGCGGCCUGGUGAUUAUGUUUAUGUCUUUGGACACUAUCGAAUGGAGGAAUGUGCUCCUCCAGGCUGCCUCAUUGAGCUUUGCAUCCAGCUCAGCAUGAUCAUGCUUGGGAAGCAGCUAAUUCAAAAUAACGUCUUUGAGGUCCUCAUACCAAAGCUGAAAAAGAUGUACAGAACAAUGCAGGAGGAAAAGGGAAAGAAAAGAGCCGCAAAAGAUGAGGAGAAUGAAGCAGAAGAGAGGAGACCAAAACAACAGUUUGACAAAGAUUUCACUCUUGAACCAUUUGAGGGUGUCACCCCCGAGUACAUGGAGAUGAUAAUCCAGUACGGGUUUGUGUCUCUGUUCGUGGCCUCCUUCCCGCUGGCACCAGCGUUUGCUCUGCUCAACAACGUCAUCGAGAUUCGCCUCGACGCUGCAAAAUUUGUCACUGAGAUCCGGCGGCCCGAUGCUGUGAGGUGUAAAGACAUAGGGAUUUGGUACAACAUUCUCUGUGGAAUCAGCAAGUUCUCUGUCAUUACCAAUGCGUUUGUCAUCUCCUUCACGUCAGAGUUUGUUCCACGAAUGGUUUACCAGUACAUGUACAGUGUGAACGGCACCAUGAACGGCUACACCGAGCACUCGCUGUCCUACUUUAAUGUCAGCAACUUCCCAGUGGGCACCGCACCCACCACCACCCUCAUCUCAGGAGUCACCAUGUGCAGGUAUAAGGACUACAGAGACCCACCGUGGGCAUCAGACGCCUACACCUUCUCAAAACAGUACUGGUCCGUCCUGGCAGCAAAACUAGCCUUUGUAAUAUUCUUCCAGAACCUCGCCAUGUUCCUCAGCAUGUUGGUCGCCUGGAUGAUCCCAGACGUGCCGCGCUCACUGAGGGAACAGCUGAAGAAAGAGAACAUGAUGCUGAUGGAGUUUCUGCUGAAUCAAGACCAGGAAGCACGUGCCAAAUCCCCUAUACCUAAAGGCUCCAUCCCCUGCUUCCCCCCCAACAUAGACAUUGUGGUAGAGGCGCCUCUAGAAGAGCAAGAGGAAGAGGAGGAGGAGAAGGAGGAGAAGAAGGAGGAAGAGGCGAUUGAGGUCAAUGUUGAGGAACCAAGAGAGAGGAGCGACAGUGGUCCCGAGUUAGGAAAGACAUUCAGAGAAGAUGAAGAAAAUAGACGAAUAGUGAGCGAGGGUGAAGCAGAGGACGAUGGGGGAGAGAUGGAUGGGGGAGCAAAGGCUGAAGAUGGAGAAAAAAAUGAGGAUUGUGGAAAGGGAGAGGAUGAGCAAGAGGAGGUGGAGAAUAAAGAGGAAGAAGGCCAAAAAAAGGAAGAAGAGAAUGAGGCAGAUGAGAUGAAUUUCAGCGUUGAUCUGGACACCCUCAUGGGCGAGCUGGGCCUGCUAGAUGAGGAACCAUCGACGAGCAAAGCUAUGGACACAGGGUUUCCUCCUUCAGGCUCUCCACAGGAAUACCAGAGGGACCAGGAGCCUCCGUCACAUCCGACAUCUCAAAUGGGCUCCUGUGAGAGUGUGAAGGCCUCCAGUGCUGAUGUGACAACACCAGAUACAAACACAUCGCUUUUCUCACUGAUCGCUCCUCCUCCCAGAGAACCAGGCUCACGGGCGAAGGCUCGUUGCUCCACCCUGCCUUCCAUUCACAGAGGGUCCGAGACCUGUUACAGCCUGCCGAGGCCCAGCCACUCUACCAGCCUCACCAGGCUCCAGCCGCCGGCCUCACUCGCUCCUCUGAUUCCCCUGCAGGAGUUGUCGCUAUCUGCCUCGUCCAGCCCGUACUCUCCCCCCUGCACUCCAGUGUCACCUUCACCCACACAGUCCCACUCAGUCAACUCUGAGUCCCCACAGCACACAGCCCCCAGCGAACUGUUUGCACUGAAGGGCCCUCCACCCCAAAAGCCACGCUCCAGAGGCAAAGCCCGGUGCUCCACCCUGCCGCCGCGACAAAGAGCCCCCAGUCCCGAGGGGCACUCCACCAAGCCUAGCCACUCCACCAGCUUCACAAAGCUGGAAGGCCGCAUCCCCCCCUCCCCGAGCGAACUGAAGCGCAACUCGCCGAUAUGAGGAGAGCUUGAAGGGACAGAGGGUGACAGAGGGAGGGAGAGGGCUAUGCAGAUUAGCCUCUCCUGUCUGUUCCUGGAGCCUCACUCCUGAAGAGAGACCAUCCGGAUCAAUGGACCUCCUUUCUAUCCUCUUAAUGUUCACAGAGAUAUUCCUACCGCUCAGUGGUUUAGGGCUGAUCCUGACAAGGGAGGUGCUGGACAAUUCAGAGAAAGACUGCUCUGAAACUCCCCUUGCUAUGCCCAAAGAAAACACCUCCUCAACAUUAAUUAUUUGUACUCUUUUCUUGAUUUUUGGUUGACUUGUUAUUACCGACACCUCACAUACUCACUAGCCACAGCUCCUCUGUUAUUUUCAGUCCUAUACAUGCAGCAGUGCUGCCGUGUAGACCAGAGGAAGACGGAGAUGUAUACGGCACAGUUAGUCUCACCAAAUAAUGCUUGUAGAUCAACUGUUUAUUUUUAGAGGUUUUGAUAUAUAAAAAAAUGUGAAAAAUUAUAAUAAAA